CUGGGCUCGCCCCCGCUUCCGGAAUGAAAGGUCGCGACUCAGAGCUUUGUGAGCGAGGUAGGGCGAGAGCUCCACAAGCGGCAAAGGCGACCGGUAAGGGACACGAACUCCUCCCAGUGGGGCUCAGGGUUCCUGGACCUUGGCUCACCUCUGACCCAAAAGCCGCGCCCCCAGGUUCGGCUUGACUGGGCCAGGCCAGGGGCCAGAGCUCGGGAUGCCCAGGACUCUGCGUGGGCGCUCCACGAGGGCCUGCUGCGGCGGAAUCUUCCACCCAGCCCGCCUCACGCAGAGCCCAGUAGGUGUCCGCCCUGGACAGCCCCACCUGCCCCUUCACUUCUGGGAAUCCCAAAACGAACUGCCUGCCUUGCCCUAGGGCCUGCACCCAGUUGUACGCCUCUGAAACUUCUCUCCCCUCAAAGCAUAGCUCCCCACCAUAGCUGCCCCUCCUACCAUAAUGGGGGUAGGGGGUAGUCUCCCUUCACGUUCAGAAUAUGCGGGCUUCCCUCAGAGCACAUCUUUCCGCAGAUUAUACCCCUUUGCUUUUGAGUCAUACAUGGCAGCUCCCAUGAAGGGCCAAGUGUGCGUAGUGACUGGUACUUCCAGGGUUAUUGGUCGUGGCAUCGCCUUGCAGCUCUGCCAAGCCGGUGCUACAGUUUGCAUCACUGGCCGACAUCUGGACACGCUGCGGGCUGCAGCUGAAGAUGCGCAAUCCCGAGGGGGCAAGUGCGUGCCUGUGGUGUGUGAUUCAAGCCAGGAGAGUGAAGUGCGAAAACUGUUUGAGCAAGUAGAUAGAGAACAGCACGGGCGAUUGGAUGUGCUGGUCAACAACGCCUAUGCUGGGGUCCAGACAAUCCUGGACAAUGAUAAGAAGGCAUUCUGGGAAAGCCCUGCCUCCAUUUGGGAUGAUAUCAACAAUGUUGGACUCAGAGGCCACUACCUGUGCUCAGUGUAUGGGGCACAGCUGAUGGUACCAGCUGGUCAGGGGCUCAUCGUGGUCAUCUCCUCCCCUGGGGGAAUGCAGUAUAUCGUCAAUGUCCCCUAUGGCGUGGCAAAGCUGCGCUUGGGAGACAGAGCACCUGAGAAGGGCAUGGGACUGGGACAUCCUCAGCCAAAGCAUGGAGGGCAGGGGCGGGAGGGGACAUGGCCAGAUAUCCUGGCUCUCACCCUGCCUUCUGUCUCUCUACAGUGUGACAGGAUGGCUGCUGACUGUGUCCAGGAGCUGCAGCCCCGCGGGGUUAGCUAUGUGCCUCUGUGGCCAGGGCUGGUGCAGACAGAACUGCUGAAGGAUCAUUUGGAGAAGAAUGACAACACUGAGAGUCCCCUGUUGAAGCAGCUCAAAAUUCAUUUCUCAUCUGGGGAGACCACGGAAAUGAGUGGCAGAUGUGUGGUAACAGCUGUGUGUGUGCCCACAGACCCCAAUAUCCUCAGCCUGAGUGGGAAGGUGCUGCUGUCUUGUGACCUUGCUCAACGCUAUGGCCUUUGGGAUGUUGAUGGCCGCCCCGUCCAGGACUGUUUGAGUUCGGUUGUCUCCCAUGCCUCUAGCCUGGGACUGGCCUCCUACGUGCCUGGCUUCCUCCGUAUGCCCAAGUGGAUUAUGACCCUCUACAUCAGCAAGUUCGUUAUAACCCUCCUGGCCUGA